GUAAACCCAUUGAUGUUUUGCCGGCGACGAUAUAUGUACUUGCGUGACAUUAAGAAAAGUCAAUUGAAUAGAGUGUAAGACACAAUAAAGAAAUAAGACAAAAAAAUUACGAUUUCAUUUGUGAUUUUCUUCUGCGGAAUAUGAAAGAUUCAUUGAAUGCUAGCUCAUCGGUAAACACCUCAGCAAAUAGGAUGCUAAGGGAAAAUCAACGAUUUUCCACAAAUUCCGACAUGAGAUCAGUACAGAGAGAACAGGAACAUGUUCAGAGGACAAACGACAACACCGAAUACAAUGUGAAGAAAAUUCAAAACCCAGUCGGUUAUCUGCAAGAAAUGUGUGCAAAGUAUGGUUUUUCAGAACCGACCUACGGCAUUUUAAAGCAGAACGGACCUCACGAUACAGCAUUCUCCAUUUUUUGUCAAGUCCAAGGAUAUUAUCGAGUGGUGUCUUCAAAUACACAGGAAAAGGGAAAGGAGAUGGCAGCUAGGGAAAUUAUUUUAUGCAUUAAAAGGGCGAUCGACCUUGAAUAUAAAAAUCGCAACGAGUCACUCAUUUGCAAAGACUUAACGAAAGCUGUUGCACCCGAAACAUUGUCCGAAAACUCGAGCGAAAAUACGAAACGAAAUGUGAACUACGUGGGAAUUCUGCAGGAAUUGUGCGUUCGAAAACAUCUUCCACCGCCCAAUUAUGGAACCGAAAAUGUCACUGGCACGCCCAACAAUCCGAGUUUCUACAUUUUUUGUGAGGUAGGACCAAUUAAGGGAUAUGGAAUCGCUCGUAAUAAGAAAAGUGCGAAACAGAUGGCUGCCGAAAAAGUUCUCGAACAGUUCGAAACGAUGAAAACUGACCUUUUCGACAAAGAAAGCAAACAGGUCGAAAACAAUGAAAUCCAUCAGACGGCCCUCACCACAAAACGCUAUCCAUUAUUGAGAGAAACGCCACAAGAAACGUUUACCGUCGUUCCGAAUCCAGUCGGUCAUCUUCAGGAACUGUGCGUCAAAAAUCGAUUGAGACCGCCCAUAUAUGAAGUGGUCAAAAUGGAUGGACCUUCGCAUUGUCCCACAUUCAUUACGUCUUGCAAAGUUGAAUACUUUUACCAGGAAGCCACGUCGAGUAACAAGAAAAAAGGAAAAGAAUUGGCAGCGUUGAAAAUACUUAAAUGUUUGAUGGAAUACCGAUCGCCACCGGAAAUUGCAGAUAUUUAGACAC